GAUACGUUUUAGAACUCUCUAAGAUGUUGCUGUUUAUAAUUUUAAGUGUUCUAGGCUUAAGCCUUGGUAAUGUUAAUGGCUCUGAUUUGGAUCGUGUAGACGAUACUGACUUGAUCCAUCUGUUAAGCGUCGAAAAAAACGUUGUGGUCUUAUUUACCAAACAAAUCUGCGAAGGGUGUUUGGAAUAUGAAACUGCCGUUUCUGCAAUACAAAAUGAUUUAAAGGAGACUUUGGGAGCUGCGGUUGUUCAGGCCCAAGACAGUAACUUAGUUGGAGUAUACGAUCCGAAUAAGGAACCAGCUCUUGUAUAUUUUAGGCAUGGAAUUCCCAUUUUAUACCAUGGAGACAUUAUUGAAGAUCAAAUUAUUGAAUUCUUUAAUGAUAACAAGGAACCAGCAGUUAAAGAGCUAUCUGAUGAAAAUUUUGAGCAUCUUACCCAAGCUUCUACAGGAGCUACGACGGGAGACUGGUUUAUUUUUUUCUAUUCCACCGACUGUGUUUUCUGCCAACGCUUGUAUGCUAUUUGGGAAUCUGUGGGUGGAAAACUCAGGAGAAAGUUUAAUAUCGCCCGAAUGAAUAGAUUGGAGACUGGAAUUUUAACAGCAACACGAUUGGGAAUAUUGGAAUCUCCGGAAUUUAUUUUCAUACGUCAAGGAAAAAUGUAUCGUUAUAUAACCAAAACGUAUCGUCCAGAAGAUUUCGUCAAAUUUGCUGAAACUGGUUAUCUAGAAACCAAUUCCCAAAAGGUGCCAGAACCACCCAGCUCGAUGUAA